CUCACAUGGUAUUUAUGAUAAAUUCCAUUUUAUUUCCUAACAGUUAAUCCGAGAAGGUAUUAUUAUUGAUUCCAAACAGCGAUACUGUAAUGUUGCCUCGUGUAACAGAUGAAGAUGUAACUGUUGUAUUUGAAAAAAUAACUGUGCCGUUAGCGCUACAAGUUGAACCUGUUGGACGAUGGUUUGAGGCAUACAGUCAGCGUCUUCACAGCAAACAUUCUGUUUCUCAGCAUUCUUUGUCGAGCUCGAGCUCGGAUGAAAGUGACGAUGAUCAGUUGUUUGAUAACGAAGACACAAGUGAAGCGCUGCUACUAGGACUUGAUCCUAAGGAGUGGAAGCAACAAGAUCACUAUGCAGUGCUAGGAUUGAAAAGGUUGCGCUACAAGGCAACAGAAGAUCAAAUUAAACGUGCUUACAAGAAAAAGGUUUUACGGCACCACCCUGACAAGAGAAAAGCUCGGGGACUCAAAGUGAAAGAUGGCGAAGAUGACUAUUUCACAUGCAUUACACGAGCGUAUGAAAUCCUAGGAAAUCCUCAGAAACGAAGAUCCUACGACAGCGUAGACCCUGAAUUUGACGACGAUGUUCCACCAGUGAAUCAGUAUUCAAAAGACCAUUACUUUGAGGUCUUUCGUCCAGUGUUUGAGAGAAAUGCAAGGUGGUCUAACAGUAAAAAGAGAGUGCCUCCCGUUGGUGAUGAGAAUUCAUCAUUUGAGGAUCUUAAUGACUUCUUUGCAUUUUGGUAUGACUUUGAUUCAUGGCGAGAGUAUUCUUAUUUAGAUGAGGAAGAAAAAGAGAAGGGAGAAAAUCGUGAUGAACGCAGAUGGAUUGAGAAACAAAAUAGAGCUGAACGUCAGAAAAGAAAGAAGUCGGAAGUUUCCAGAAUACGGCAGUUAGUCGAUAAUGCAUAUGCAUGUGACCCGAGAAUACAGCGGUUUAAGGACGAGGAGAAGGCGAAGAAGUUGGCCCAGAAGCAGGCGAAGCAAGAUGCAGCGAGGCAGCGUGCCGAGGAGGAAGAAAGGGUAAAACAGGAGGCGCUUGAAGAAGAAAGGAAGAAGAGAGAAAAGGAAGAGGAAGCAGCCAGGCAGCAGGCAGCGGCUUUGAAGAAAGAAAGAGAUGCACAAAAGAAAGCAUUUAAAAAGGAAAGAAAAACUCUUCGUGCAUGUUUGAAGGAUUUCGAUUACUUCAGCAGCAGUGAUUCUGAAAGAGUGAGCAAUAUGCAAGAAGUUGAGAAAUUGUCAGAAAUGUUGUCUUUAACCAGUUUACAAGAGCUGAAUGAAGGGCUGACGGGAGGUGAUGCUGAAAAAGCAAAAGCAGCAUUCCAUCAGCAUGUUAAAGAACUGAACAGAAAAGUGGAAAAAGAAAAGAUGGAGCAGUUGUCAGCUAUGAAGAGAUCAGCAGGAGGGGAAGGGGGGAGGGACAAGAAGAAGUGGAACGAAAUGGAAGUGCAGUUUCUUAUUAAAGCGGUGAAUCUGUUUCCAGCUGGCACCCAGGACCGAUGGGAUGUCAUAGCCAAAUUCAUUGGACAACACGUAGAAGGCAGUGACAAAAAUGCUAAAGAUGUCCUUGCCAAGGCUAAAGAAUUACAGAAAAAUGAUUUUGCACUCAAAGAAGAUGCACAAAAACGUGCGUAUGAACAUUUUGUCAAGGAGCAUAAAGUGGCUGCAUCAAGUGUACAAGACCAGCCAAGUCAAAGAAUGGAAAGUGUGGUAGACCAGCAGUUGAGGGAAACGGGGAUGAACCCCGCCCCGUGGACCACAGAUGAGCAGAAGAUGUUGGAGCAGGCGUUGAAGACGUACAAUGCAAGCACGCCCGAACGCUGGGAGAAGAUCGCAGAGGCCGUGAACACUCGCAGUAAGAAGGACUGCAUGAAGAGAUACAAGGAAAUCUGUGAAAUGGUUCGAGCUAAGAAGGCAGCUGUUGAAGCUGCAGCCAAGGAGAAGAAGUCUUGACGUGACGAGCGAUGUAGCCGGUUCAGAUCUCACGCAAACUAAAACAAGUGUUCUGAUAUCGACCAGUCGACAACUCUGACCACUUGUAGAAUACAUACAGUGACCUAACAGGAUAGGCUUACACUUGAUUUCACUCAGGUUUUACAAGCAGGUUCUCAAUAUGUACAAACAUGUUAUCAUGUUCCGAUAACAAAACGUGUUCAUUUUAUUUUGUCAGUGUUCAUUUUCUCAGCAUACAAAAAACUGUUUCAUUUCAUUAGUGGUUAUAAAAGAAAAGUAGUAAAAUGUGUUGGGAAGUUGUGUUUAUUAAAAUGUGUUGGGAAGUUGUGUUUAUUAAAAUCUUUAUUACAACUUUGAGCAGAUUAAAUUGAAGGAGAUGUUUAAUCUGAUUUGCAUUGUUUUUAGCAGUAUGGGUGGGUUUGGUGGAUUUUUGUUUCAGCUUUUGUAUUGUAUCAUUUUAAGUGAUGCUAUGGACUAUGAAAUCCAGUGUGAGAUAGAUGUGUAUCAUGUUUAUACACUAACAAUCGAAAGCAUAUCAAUAGUUUUACAAAAUAAUAAAAAUGUGUUCCCAAGUGUAAUCAACUGCUGAGAUAUGAACUAUGGAAUACACAAUAUUUACCAUGAAAUGUGAACAUCACUUUUCACAAACAGCACUAGGGUUAAUGUGCAGUUUCACAUACAAAUGUUUUGGUAUACUUUCUUUUGAUCAUAAGUAUCUUUAUAACAGGUAAAUAGUUUUAUAUUUGGAUGCAAUGUAUGUUAGGGAAACAAAAAUAUUGGUCUCUGGUCAGACCAAAGUUCCAGAAUUGAUGUGAGGAUGUGCUCCCCCCCUUUUUUUUUUUAAUCAUGGAAUGCACAGAAAAGGUGUGUAUAUUUAGGGUUUUUUUAAUGUUGUCCUCAUCUGCUUUGGUCCAUCCUCAAUGGCCAUGGUGCCCUUCCUUUGCCUUAGUACCCGAAAUAUUUUCCUUUACAUUUUCCAUAUAGCCACGACACUUUUUAUGACUUCGACUUUGGCCACAAAUGUUUUUAAAACGGGCCAUGCUACUAAUUGAGAACAACAGGACCUGUUUUAGAGAGAAAUUAAAGACGGAUAAUAGUCCAAGCAUAUCCUAGUUCAUGCAUGAUGACAUUUUGGCUCCAAAUGAAGUUUUAUGUCAUAGCAAGAAAAGGCCGGCAAAAUCGACCUCGUACCAUAAAUUAAAAAAAUUGACAGUCAGAAUCGACGUGAACGCUGACCAGAAAUGUAUUUUGUUUGGCCUUACUGGUUUGCACAGAUUUUCAUAUCACACCUGCUUACUGAGUUGCCCUGGUUACCAAAUUCUUUUUUAAAAGUACAUAAUUCUAAUUAAUAUUGUUUUAGGUUUAUUGUUGAAUAAUUAAUAUUUUGUUUAGUGCUUAUAUACCACCCUACUCCCAUGCUUGAUACAUCAUCACAUUUCAUAGGUUUCUGAUGAACCCCUGGGCACCCCCCCCCCCCCCCCCAAAACAAAUACAUUUUAUCACAACUAUAUACUGAAUGCAAUGUUGAGAAUAUUUUGUUAGAAUGAAUAAAUGAUCCAUAUUAAUUAUCUUUUCCGUGAAGUGUUAUUCUUUGAUGUCUAGAUGCAGUUAUUAGUCUAGAGAAAUGUAUUUACUUGCCAUAAAGUGUCAGUUUGUUGACACGUAUCCUGGUCUCUUUAACAAUCUAUUGCAGAAUGCGACAAAGACUUGCGUGACAUAUCAAGACAUUAACUAUACAUGGACGGCGAAAACAUAAUUUUAUUGUUCAUUUUGAAGUAGUAAGGAAGGGAUGUAAGACUGCAGUUGUAAUGAUUUUGACAGCUCAGAUUUGUUUUAAACAAUUCACUUGCUUAGCAUGUAUUUUGCUAUCAUACAAAAAAGGGAAAUCUUUUUUUUUUUUGCCGAGCAGAAAUUAAUAUGGGAGAGAUGGCUACACAUUGAAGACCAUGUAAUGCAGAGUAAUCAUAAUUAAAAACUUUACAAUGUUUAUAGUGAACUGGUCAUAUUGCAUUUGUUUCUCAAUGAAAGUCCACCUCCUAUCAGUUCCCAUUUGUUUCUCAAUGAAAGUCCACCUCCUAUCCGUUCCCAUUUUAGUUUAAUCUGUGGAGAAUUGUGGUUCAGGGCCUCAAUCCAUGAAGCAAUCUUAGCGCUAAGAUCUCUUCGUGGAACACGGCCCUGGUCCUCAAAUAUGUAGCAAUAUCAAAUUAAUACACAAGAAAAUAUUUCAUGUAUAGCUUCCACUCUGUGAUAUGAAUGUUGUUUGCAUUUUCACCAAGAUAUUAAAAAUGUAAUAAUGAAGACAUUUGUACUGCAAAUAAAUAUUUUUCAGUUAA